AUGGAGGGGGUGCGCGUUUUCCAGCGCAAUGUUGGUUUGAGACAGCUCUUCUCUCAGACUCGAGCGCCCCUACAGCAAUCGUUCCGCACCAGACCGUCUCUUCUAUACCCUCACCGAGCUCUUUUGAAGCGGUCCAUACACAGCCAGCGACCUACGAGCACCUCGUCGCCCUCCCCCUUCCGAUCAUUCCGACCACAAACCCAACGACUACCGCGGCGGAACAACAAUGCCACAGGCCGCCGCUACAACUCGAGCACCACUAGUUCCGCCACGUCCGCCAAACCCUCUAUCAAGGAACGCCUGAAGACCAUGUCGCGCGAGUACGGCUGGACGGCCGUGGGCGUCUACCUGGCGCUCUCGGCGCUCGACUUCCCCUUCUGCUUUUUGGCGGUCCGCAUGAUGGGCACCGAGACGAUCGGGCACUACGAGCACGUCGUGGUCGAGACGUUCAAGUCCAUCGUCAAGUGGCCGAUCCAGGGGUCCGCGAAGGCCGAGAUGGCGGCCGACGGGGUUUCUGGGGAAGCCGGUGUGAGCCAGGUCGAGCAGGCCGGUGGCAGGGUGCUGGAAGAGGAGACCAACGACCACGGCUACAAAGCUGCGGAGAAGGCAAAUCGAGGGGACAAUGCUAGUAUCUGGACCCAACUUGCCCUCGCGUACGCCGUGCACAAAUCCUUCAUCUUCAUCCGCGUCCCUCUCACUGCCGCGGUCCUGCCGAAAGUCGUCAAGACGCUGAGGUCGUGGGGCUAUAACAUUGGCAAGAUACCGCAGCGGAAAGCCGUCGGCGCUGGCACAACGGGCAUAAACACCCAGGGAUCAAAGAUCAAACCAGGCGACUGA